AUGUCAUAUAAGACGGCAGCACGCCGGCUCAAAGGACAAGGACAAGGAAAAGGACGCCAGCAUGAAGGAUGGCACCUCCGCGCCAACAAUAGCAUGCCCACCGUGCCGCCCCGUGCCGCCGUCAUCAGCCCGUCCUCGCCCAGCCACGAUGACUCCCUCGACGGCAGCGGGGGCGUCACGCUGUCGGACCGCAAGGACAAGGACAAGGACAAGGACAAGGAAAAGGAAAAGGAAAAGGACGCCAAUAUGAAGGAUGGCACCUCCGCGCCAGCAACAGCAUGCCCACCGUGCCUCCCCGGGCCGCCGUCAUCAGCCCGCCCUCGCCCUGCCACGACGACUCCCUCGACGGCAGCGGGGGGCAUCACACUGUCGGACCGUAAGGACAAGGACAAGGAGGCCAACAAGGACAGAGACGGCGGCGCCGCCAGCGGGAGCAGCCCGACGCUGGGCACCGGUAGCGGCAGCAAGCCCAACCGGCGGAGCAUGACCCUCAAGGGCAAGCAGCCGCAGCAGCAGCUCCGCGACCAGCAACAGCAUGCCCACCGUGCCGCCCCCCUCCAACCAGCCUUUGAUGGUGUAGCAUCCGAGUACAAGAAGCUCGUCACGUCACAAAUUGUUCCUAUCAGAAACUCUGGGAUCCAUCUCAACGAACUGAAGACCGGAACCUGCAUCUUCAUCAACCGUAUCUCGAGCGAAACCAUCUUUGUCAUUUUUCCAGGUAACGGCACGAGAGGCCCGAACCGUUUUCAAUUUUGUGGACAAGCGCUAGAAAGCGAGGAAGACUAA